GCAACUGCAAUUGUUUGCCAUUCCGGAGGCUUUACUCCGAUCUUAUUUUGGCAUAUAUUGUCACAUAGUGGGUUUUAUGUUGAUACAAGGAACUCCUGUGACUUGCAUAAAACGGUAAAAUAUGAAUUGAAGCUUUGCCUCUCGUGUUUUUUUACACGAUGGACCUCAGUGGAACAUCAUCAUCGCUACGCUGAAGACUAAAGACUGCAUUGGCAAAAAGACGACACCUGGCUUCUACAAAACGUCACUCAUCCAGAUCUACCAUGGACUUAAUCGAAGACGUGGUGCCGGCUGUCAGCUGCCUGGUGGUCGUGCUUGCUCUGCCUCUCAACCUCGUGGCCAUCUACAUCCUCUGUGCGUGCAUCAAGAGGAAGUCCUCCACCACCGUGCUGAUGAUCAACCUGGCCGUAGCAGAUGUCCUCUUCGUCUGCUGCCUAUUCUUCAUCAUCCCGUACUACUUCAAGGGGAACGUGUGGGUCUUCGGACUUUUCCUCUGCCAUUUCAUCUACACGAUCUUCUUUACGACCACCUACGUGAGCAUCCUGUCCGUGAUGGCCCUCUCUGUGGACCGCUACUUCGCCAUCCUGUACCCCAUCAAAUCCAAGGUGUGGAGGAACAAGGUGUGGGGCUGCAUGGCGAGUGCUAUCACUUGGGUGAUGGCAUUCAUCCACGUUGUGCCUAUGAACGCGACCAAGAUGAUGAAUAUCAACACAGAUCACAACACGAGCGAAGCCUCCUCCUGCUGCGAUAAUUUCGCCCCAGAUGACCUGGAAUUCAUAGCGAGACUGCGGUUAGUGCUGUGCAUUACCUUGUACGUGUUCCCACUGUUUGUCACAUCUUACUGCUACGCCUCCAUCAUGAAAGUGCUCCUCUCCAAUAAUGUGCUCAACAUGGGGCAAGAAAAGAAGACACGUGCCAUUAGGCUAAUCAUAAUUACGAUGCUCAUUUAUCUGUUUUGUUUUGGUUGUUACAAUGCUACACAUGUCAUAGGUUAUGUUAACCACCUUAACUUAUGGUGGCGCCCUCUGUCACUUGUGUUCAACACUCUCAACUGCAUGCUGGACCCUCUCAUUUACUAUUUUGCCUCAACAACCUGCCAGGAGGUCCUUAAAGAAUACUUCACUAAAAGAACACAGUCCAGCAAUGGCAAUGAAGCAACUUUAGCGACCUAGAGUGGAACGCAAAUGGAUAUGCUUCACUUAGAUGCAGUCUCAAUGUGUCGCAAGCAUCAAUGGUAAAGGUAAUUUUCUUCAACUAAAUGAAUCAUCACUUUCAUCCCCAUGAUGACUUCAUCCAUAGAUCUUAACUGGUAAAACAAGCAGCUCACCAGUUGGACUGCCAACAAUUGUUUGAAAUGUCAAUCUAUGUGUACUGUAUUUAUGCACAUAUUUUUUUGUCUAUUUCAUAAAACACCAUAAACGAUGUUUCCCUUAGUUUAUACUGAUUUGGGCUUUUACCACAACGAGGUUAGUGUAGGCUAUGUGGAGGAAUAUCACAACCAGAAACACCAGCAUGGUCCUCCAAUCACCUCGUGGUGUGACGAAUUAUGGGGGGGGUGGGAGUGGAGGGAUUAUACUCAUUGCAACCAUAUUUUUAAACAUCAUAUUUCCUUUUGUUCGACCUGGUUAGUAAUGGCUAGUCCACAACGGUACGUAUGCAUCUGCUCAUUUCUCAGUAGACGUCUCAAGUCUCAGGCAUUUGGAGUGAGACUCGUGCAUUUAAUAUCACACAAUACCAACAUUCAUGCAUUUCACAUCUCGUGAGAAUUGAUUCGCUUCGGGCGCCUCAAAAGUUUCACCCAGUAGGUCUCACACCGCCCACUGGCCAAAAGCACGCAUUGCCCAUCUUCUGGACUAACAACUGCACUGCAACGUUCAACGUCAUUAUGAUCCUGGUCCACCUUUAAAGACUGUCCAGGGUAUGCAUAUUUUGGCGUGUUUAAAGUUGUAUCCCCUCAAGAGGAAUUUUUGAUUUGCUGGUAAAACUUGUUGUAUGUGACUUUUGUUCUGACAAUUUUAUCUUGAACUUUGCAACCUUAUCUAUUAAGACCUUUAAACAUUUCCAUCGGUUGGUAGAAUGACGAUGCCGUAAGAAGAAAAAAAUCUGAGGUUGUAAAUAUUUCACGUUAAUGCCUUUAUUUCUCCAAUCCUAUUUCUUGCAAAACAUCUUCCAAUGCAGCUGUGAAUAACUUUGGCGAAAGCAUAUCUUCUUGCCCGCCUCUCUUGCCGGUAUGUUUUGUUGCAUUUCUCCAUGUAAACUCAGUAUAGAUGUUUCAUUUAUUGGUUUUGCUUAUAUAAGAACUGCAUACAUUUUCACUUAAUCAAAUGGGAGAGUACCAUCUACAGCUACCAACCACCAAACAACGACAUGGUCUGGCAUAUUUUGUUGCCGUUUGAUUUCGGGCACUAUAUUUAAUAAACUUACGUAGUAGAUCCUCAAUUACUGGCAACAUAUGAAAUCACGCUUAUGAUAUGCGGUCAAAAAUUGAGGAUUCGAUAAGUUUGUUAAAUGUAUUGCUAGAAAUCAUACAUAUAGAACUAAAAACAGCAACAAAUAGCAUACGAUGUUUAGCUACACAUUGGCUGUGCCUGCCAGACCAGAGCUAUUGAUCGCACUAUUAAACCAUUGAACAUCCUGUUAAUGAUAUGGCUGCGUGGUUUGUUCUUGAUUCAAAAGGCAGCAGUAUAAAAUAGGCAUUGAGAUGCAGAAUAUUUAUAUUUUUGAUAAUUGAACAUGUUUAAUACCUCUUGAUUUGUUUAUUUCAUGUUGUUAAUCAUUGAUGACACAUAAAAUAAGUGAUUUGAUAUGUUGCCGUUAAUUUAGAAUAUACUAAAUAAGUUAUGGAUAUAUAUUGUCCAAAUUUAAACAUAACAUAUAUCAUGCCACAUACGUGAGCUCUUUUGAGGACUACAUACAAUGUGACUUCGGUGCAGUCGAUAAGGUGUGCUUGUAUAUUGUUUAUAUAAAGCUCACGAUUCAUGUAUCGAGACGCGCGUGUACACAUCUAAGUGUUGAACUGGGUCCGCGUAACACCCUCCCCCCCCCAGCCACUAGAGGCCGCUGAAUGGGGAGGGAUGUCAUUUGUUACCAUCCUAAUACCUGAACGGCGAAGACGCUUGGGAGGCUUUCAUCCCGGGGUGAACAGGUCACGGUUGUUGAUGAUCAAACUGUGAUUGGGCAGUAUGCGACUACUACAAUGGUUCAAGCAAGCCUGACUCUGCUGACGAGACACUGCAUGUCAAAAUCGGUCCUGUGUUGCUUGGACUGUACCAAUACGACUGCAAUUACGCACUCUCAAGAGGUCAUUGUGGUUGACUGGAAGUGGAGGGAUAGACGUACGAAGGAGACAUGCUUUCGGCUAAUUUAUUUUGUUUUAUUUCCACAACUACGCUGACGAUUGCAGUAUUUCGUGUCUGAGCCGGGGAGCACGUGGACCCCUGGGGGGUACGUGGCGAUGUCCCAAGGAGUACAAGAGAUGAUUUAUAAAUGCGUGAAAUUAUAUCAUGCAUGACAGUCAUUGGUGAAUAAUCGCGUAUGAAUCUGCCAACAUAACAGAGCUAAUAAAAUGUAAAUUCAUACGGUGACCGAGAACAACAUUAAAUAACGUUCUAAAUUAUUUUAUUGUAAACAAUGUGGUUUCCAAGAGUAACGCUUGCAAGUUACGAGCCAGUUAGGAUACAGCACCUCACAAAAUGGAUAAUUUGUAAAAAAAAAAACAUUAAUGUUCAUUAUUCAUACAUAUACACUUAUUUAUUUCUCAGAACCACGUUGGGUCAGGCAAGAGGGUUACUCGGUUGAAACAGAAUUCAAGAAGGGGUUAUAAUGGUAGUGGCCCAAUAAACAUGUCCAGAAACAUGUGAUGAUGUGAAUUAAUAAUCUCGGGUUCUCUGCGAGUGGGGGCACCAUCUAGUUCAUGGUUUAUAACAACCACACGCCGAGUCUCGCCGAUUGUAAGCCACUAGAGGCGCUACAAUUAAAUGUGUAACGGAUACAACAACAACAACCUAUGCUGGAAACAAUCGAAUACACCAGGUCCUUCCACGAGGUGGGGGCGGGGGGUGGUUUUGUGAGAAUCGUUAAAUGUACCCUUCUGCAACCUUCACAGGAACAUAAAAUAAUUGAAAUAAAUCGAGUUUCAGGAUUUUUUUUAAAAACCAGACCGUUUCAGGCCAGAGCGGUGCACAAUGCGAUCACCACGAGUUCAAUCUCUGAUCAGUGUUCAUCAGCUUUUCGGGGGGAGGGGGGGGAUCAAUAGAAUAGGUACCAACUCAGCCACGAUAUCUCUCAACCGCCACUUGUCUAGAAGGCAACCACUGUCGUACUAAACACAAACUGGGAGCUUUCGGUGCCAUAGAAAUGCGACACUUUCACACGCGCCCACCGACUCGGGCCAGUCGUGGGUCUCCAACAGCAAUCCGGUUGAGGUUGAACAACAUCAGUGGCGAGCGUUUCUCACAAAUCAUUUACUUACCACUGUUCCGAAGAGUGCGUGCGCUCACGGUCUGGCUGUUAGGUGUUCUCCUCGGUGUAAAAUGCGAGGAAGUUCGGUUGUUGUUGUUGUUCUUGUUUAUUUCGUCUCUCUUCAC